AAAACACCCACAUUGUAAUGUGCGGAAGAUUACAGGAUUGUGCUCGCUCAGUCCUUUAAAGGUGAAAUUGAGAAUAGAAAGGACUACAACUACGCCCUACAUUUCUCAUCAGAAUCGAGGGCGUUUGCAGCAGCUGGGUCGGGACGGACAUGGCGUCUGCCAGCCCCUGUGUCGUGAUCAGUGAUGAGGAGCAAGGUUAUGACCUGGACCUCUUCUGUAUACCAAAACAUUAUGCGGCUGACCUGGAGCGGGUGUAUAUUCCACAUGGACUCAUCAUGGACAGAACUGAACGUCUGGCCAGAGAUAUCAUGAAGGACAUGGGCGGGCAUCAUAUCGUGGCUCUGUGUGUGCUCAAAGGGGGCUACAAGUUUUUUGCUGACCUGCUAGAUUACAUCAAAGCCCUUAAUCGCAACAGCGAUCGCUCCAUUCCCAUGACAGUGGACUUCAUCCGCCUCAAGAGUUACCAAAAUGACCAAUCUACAGGUGACAUCAAAGUGAUUGGCGGAGAUGAUCUAUCCACACUCACAGGAAAGAACGUCUUGAUUGUUGAGGACAUCAUUGAUACUGGAAAGACAAUGAAGACCCUGCUAGAACUUCUCAAGCAAUAUAAUCCAAAAAUGGUCAAAGUGGCCAGUUUGCUGGUGAAGAGGACACCGAGGAGUGUUGGCUACAGACCAGACUUUGUAGGAUUUGAGGUUCCUGACAAAUUUGUGGUUGGAUAUGCACUUGACUACAAUGAGUACUUUAGGGAUUUAAAUCACAUCUGUGUCAUCAGUGAAACAGGAAAGGAGAAGUACAAAGCAUGAGAAGCCCUGAAAUUCCCCCUCUAGCUGUGUAUCAUUUGUU